UGCGUCACAAGAGCGCCGCUACGAACUUUCCACAUCGCCACUUUCGUCCGCAUGCCGAACUGCUCCUCAUGCCUCGGAGAUUCGGGCCCUAGUACCACAAGUAAAAACGAGCCCCACGGAGACUACUUUAUCAUACUCUGUUCAUUUAUAUAGGCUCAUGAUGCUCUUCCAUCAUGACCCUCUCAACCCUUAGUUCCAGCGCCUGGGAACAAUUGACUGCCCUCUUAUCGAACAUCAUCCCAUGAUCCUCCCAUAGCGUCUUCGCUCGUGCUUAUUUAGUGGCUCUUCACUCCCGCUUCUUGUUUAUGUGCUUUUCUUGUAGUAGAAGUGAUGGCUUGGCGAAACCCCUUCCGCCGACGGACUGAGAACACGAGAUAUUGCUGGGGCUAUGAGUUCGAAUGGACAGAAGAUCAUAUAACACCCGAGCAAGCAGAGCCAUUGAAGCAUUCGUAUGAUGUACUGGCUGAAGAAUGUCUCGACCGCCUGAACGCCAUCUCGCCACCAGAGAAUGGUCAACUUCCGCGGAGCAACAGUCAGCAAGUCCCGCCUCAUACCAUCGAAGGGACACGGAGAGAGGAAUCAGACCGGCUCCCAUUGCCGCAAAGAGAUCUCUACGCUUUGUUAAAGGGACACCAUACAUCUGAUCCCAAGCUUUCCCAGCUAUGGGAAGAAAUCAACACAAUUCCGCCUUGGCUGGAUUGGGCUCAGAUUGAAAGAGGCCAAGAUGUGUUUUACCGCUACGGUGGACCAGCUCUUACUGGACUGGCCUAUCAAUCGCUCCUAGGAGGCAUGGGUGCAGCAAGAGUUGUCGAAACCCUAGCACGCACUGGUGGCUUCUCAACAAAGGUGGCCAGGAGGAGGCUAUUCGAGACGACCCAGCAUAUCCUGCAAUGUACAAAAUCACUCGAAUCGCUCAAACCCGGCGGUGCAGGACAUGCAUCGUCAAUUCGUGUACGCUUUCUUCAUGCGGCUGUAAGACAACGGAUAUUGAAGCUAGCGAAACAUCGGCCUAGCUAUUACAAUGUGGCGGAAUGGGGUAUACCUGUCAAUGACCUGGACCAGAUUGCAACUGUUGGGACCUUCUGCGCUACCUUGAUAUGGCUCAGCUUCCCACGUCAGGGGAUUUUCCUGAGGGAGCAAGAGAAAGAAGACUACGUUGCUUUGUGGAGAUAUAUCGGGUAUUUGCUCGGAACUCCAACGGACUAUCUCGCGACCCCCUCAAAGGCGAAGGCAGUCAUGGAGUCUUUACUGUACUAUGAAGUUCAACCUUCAGACAUGUCGAAAGUACUAGCAAACAACAUCAUCAGAUCCCUCGAGAAACAGCCGCCAACAUACGUAUCCGCAGACAUGCUCGUCGCCAGUGCUCGUUGGCUCAACGGCAACGAGCUCGCAGAUAGCCUUGAUUUACCGCGGGCAUCACUCUACUACUGGGGUUUGAUGGCAGGCCAGUGCCUCUUCUUCAUGGCCUUAUGCUACGUAUACCGCGCCAGUGCCUCGUUAGACCGAAAUCACAUCGACCGUCUGAAGCGCAUCUUCUACGCGGUCAUCGUAGAGGCGAAACACGGAUUAGCAGGGACGGAGACCCUUUUCGAAUUCAAAUACGUGCCAGAGUAUGAGACUGUGACAGAGUUGGGUGCACCAACAGAAAUAAAGCUUCAGGGUUCCAGUGUUGAGAGGCGGAACUUGCGGACGCUGGGAAUCUUUCUGGGAGUGGUAGGCAUUGGCACAUGGGCUUCGCUGAAGCUUGCGUCGUCUCUUUCUUUGGCGAUUCUGGGUUCUUCUCUCUUCAGCAGGAUUUGGUGAGCGUACUUUUAUUUUAGGCCCACGUCAUCCCAAGAAUCGUAGGCGGCAUACGGCGACCAGCCCUAUGUUAGAGCCUUAGAGGAUCGUCACUCCACUUCAUACACAGUCCAAUUUUACCUGUCUUUUCACCUCUGUGUUCAUCACUUCAGGGGCCCAGUGUCUGUUC